CAGUUCUCGCCGCACCACCACCAGCCACCGCACGGCAAAAGCCUCUCCUCCACUCUCCCUACCGUCCCUAACCUCACACCAUCAUCACACCACCACGAGUAGAGAUGUAAAAGCUCGGCCGAAAUGCGCCUCAAAAGCAUCUCUUUCCCCCCUCUCAUCUCCUCCCGGCAUACUAAUAUAUUUUGCAGGCCACCAAUCAAAAGGGGAGCCUACCGUUGCUAACAUCAAAAUACCCCUGCAUUGUGCAGAGAGGACUAGAAGGCGUCCGCCCGGCUCUGCUGACCAACCUCCACUUCAGAAUUUCGGCUUCCAGUUCACGGGAUUUUGGCCCUCCUCUUCUUCUCUCAUUCUUCGUCGCUGGCAUAGAAUCUUGUCCCCAUUCUCGUCGGUUUGUUUCUUGGGAGGAGGGAUUGAAUUGGCUAGCCUAGCAGAAAUGCUGGUGUCCGGGAGAAGACGACUGCUCCUUCUGUACACAAGCUUUGUGGUUCUUUCGCUUCUCACGCUGCCGUCCGAUGGCUCGUCGAAUUCCACGGAGGAACUCAAUCAAAGCCGCAACAAGACCGGGCAUCCUCUCGAGCUGACGCCUAGAACAGCAUUUCAGCUCAAGCUACACGCAUUGUUCCACUGGUCUUCUUUCGGUCUCUUGAUGCCUGUAGGGAUACUGCUGGUCAGAAUGUCGAGCAAAUCAAAAAGCGGCAGAUGCAACAGAGUGCUCUUCUAUUGCCAUGUCAUUUCUCAGAUCGCAGCUGUACUUCUUGCUACUGGCGGCGCGGCUCUGUCCUUGAUGAACUUUGAGAACUCCUUCAGUAACAGUCACCAGAGAGUAGGAUUGGCAUUGUAUGGAUUCAUGUGGCUUCAGCCAAUCAUCGGUUUCUUCAGAGCAGAAAGAGGUGUCAAGGGAAGGAGCCUGUGGUUCUUCUUCCACUGGCUUCUCGGCAUCGCAAUUUGCGCCACUGGCAUCGCAAACGUCUACUCUGGCCUCCGCACGUAUCAUGAGAGAACCGCCAAGAGCGUGAGCCUGUGGACCGGCCUCCUUACCGUUGAGAUCUCCUUCCUAGCUUUUUUCUACCUCUUGAUAGAUAGGUGCAGCUAUAUGAUCAAGCAAGGACGUCUCCCGGUCGAACAGCUAAGACCGAACGAUAAUCGCAGGACCUAUCCUACAACUCUUCGGAAAGAGCUGGUUAUGGUGCAAGAGUGAACUCUCCAAAUAAGAGAAGACAGAAGACUGUGUGAAGAUUGAUGGAUAUUGUAAGGUCGGUCAAGGGGAGAUGGUAAAUGCUACUAAAUCCUCUUGUAAAUUGCUUGGUUUGACAAGUGUGCGUUUGAACAAGAUUGUACAGCUUUUAUACAUGUGUUGAGGUUGCAGAGGAUUGGAAGCUCUGGUGUUGUAUCUUGAGAAGUGAUUUUAGAUCUUGUUUCAAGACACCAUUUGAACAGUUUGUGGGAAGCAGUCAGAUACAUCAUUACAUUUCUGAUCAUCAGGGAAGAAGAAAUGAUCAGAAGUUUCAGAACUGUAGUUGAAAUGCACCUGUAAUCCUCAUGUUCUCUAUGCAACAUUUCUUCAGGUUGUCAACA